AUGUUGUCGUCAACCCUGUUUGUUGCAUCCUCGCUCUUGGCUGUUGGCGUGUCGGCUCAGCAGAAUUUCACCCUUCCUGCCGGCUUCAAUGCUAAUGCCAUCAGCACCAGUGAAAAGGCUGGUUGGUGCAAUGGCCAGUUGAAUACCUGCCCACAGCUCUGCAAUGGCGGUUUUGCCAGAAGCAACAGGUGCGAUGCGAACCUCUUGACCUUUGACUGCGUUUGCGGCGAUGGCACUGUUCCCAAUGUCUCGGACUACAUGAACACUCUCCCAUACUUCGUCUGCCAAGCCAAUUACGCCCAGUGUAUCCAGAACCAUCCCAACGACCUUGACGGCCAGACGAAGUGCAAGGAAGGCCAGAAGUCAUGCGGCACCCGCAAAGCCAGCUCUUCCGACUCGAGUUCCUCAACCACUUCUUCCGCCACUCCUUCCAGAACUGACACCGCUGCAACCUCCAGCCGCAGUGCUACAGCGAGCCCGUCUGCUGGUGCUGCACCUGCUCAAGACUAUUCCCUCGGGCUAUUGGCGACCGUUCUUACGGGUCUCUCUGCUGUCUUCUUCUGA